AUGGGAGUAAGCAACAAUGCAUUUUAUCUCGAUGACUUCUUGAUGCUUGAUUCUACUGUACUAGAUGCUUCUCUGGAGUUCCAAGAUGCAUUGGAGCUUGGAAGUAUUUAUGAGCUUGAAAGAUUCUUCACUGAGCAACGCGAAGAUGUUGUAAAUAACCACAAUCUCCAGCCAUCACACAACGGUUUGUAUCAUGAUCCGUUUGUACAUAUUGAAUCAGUAGUGGAUGAUUCAGCAGACUCCAGAGGCAUUUACAAACCUGUCAGGAUCCGCGGUAUUGGGAUGUUAAGAGAAGGAUACUGUGAAAUAUGCAAAAAAUGGCUUAGACUAAAGACAAGUAGUUACUGGUAUCACAUGAACUACAAGCAUGGGAUUAACUCAAGAGGAGUGAAAUACCCAGAACCACAAAUGAGAUUUGUUGGAUGCCGUACAGAAAGCUUUUGCACGGUGUGUGAUAAAUGGGUUUCAUUGGGAAGCAGUAAACAUGGCAAAUCUGCAAAAUUCGGCUGGUUCAAGCAUUGCCAGAAAGUCCAUAAAUAA